AUGGCUGGACCUCAAACCUGUCUCCAGCUCCCAGUGCUGGACAUCUCUGAGCCCCUUGCCCCUCCCUCCCUCUCUCAAGCUUGCCAAGACUGGGGCUUCUUCUACAUCUCCAACCAUGGCAUCUCUCUGGACCUUAUCGCACGCAUCUCCUCUCUCUCUAAGAACCUCUUCAACGUCCCCUCUUCUUCGAAGCAACUCCUUGGUCCCAAUUCCACCCUCAAGACUUACACACCACAUUUCAUUGUCUCCCCCUUCUUCGAGAGCCUUCGAGUUUGGGGCCCUGACUUUGCUGCCUCAGCCAUGAGCUCCUCUUCUGUACUCCUGGGUGAACCUGAAUUGGCUCUUUGUGAAGUAUUGCAAGAGUAUGGGACCAAGAUGGUGCAAUUAUCUAAGAGAAUCAUGGAAGUCUUGUUGAGAUGCUUGGGUGAUGGCUUAGACUACGAGCACCUUCAACAUGACUUCCAAAAUAGCCAUGGCUACCUCAGGAUCAACAACUACACUGCACCAAAUAACCAAGAGGAGAAUGAAGGGCUAGGGAUCCACACUGACAUGAGUUGUAUCACCAUUUUGCAUCAAAAUGAGAUUGGAGGGCUUCAAGUGAGGUGCAAGGAAGGGAAUUGGCUUGAUAUAUCCCCUAAUGAGGGUAAUUUGGUAAUUAACAUAGGAGAUUUGCUUCAAGCUUGGAGUAAUGGUAGGUUCAAGUCAUCUCAUCAUAGGGUGGUCCUUAGGGGCUCUAACCCUAGGCUCUCCUUGGCCUUCUUUUGGUGCUUUGAGGAUGAAAAGGUCAUCUAUGCCCCUGAUAAGGUACUAGGGGAGAGGAAUUUUAGGCUUUAUAGGCCAUUUCUAUGCAAGGACUAUCUUAGGUUUAGAGAAGAAGCAAGUGACAAGGUCGGAUAUGAGAGUAUAGGCUGGACUGUCAUGGACUUUGCUGGUAUCCAGGCUUCCAAAACAAAAAACUAGGGUUUGUGACAAAAUGUGUGGAUAGAGCCGAGAUUCAC